CCCUGGUAACAAUGGAGAAGGAAAUGGCCGCCUGAACGACGUGCAGGGCAGCGGCCAGCCUCUUCCACUGAGUCUCCCCAACCGGGCUCAGACGAGGGUGGCAGGAGGCGGGAACAGUCGCCGCAGGCCCUGCGGACGAGUCGCGUCCCAUCAGCGACCCCUAAUUUAGAACUUGGAGGAAAGAGAAGCAAAGUGCACAGCGUGUUGUGGCAGCUGAGUGAUGCUUAGGUUACCUUGACUUCUUAUUUUCAAAGUUUUGGCAUGUUUCCUGAGUUUUGGAACUUCGAUCAUAUUGAUAGUACUUUAAGGUUUGCACAGUAAUUUACAAAUUUUACCUCAUUUUACUCCUACAUCAACUCUAGGAGAUAAUUUGCAUUCAUCUGCCACAAUGGAAAGCUCAGAUUCUAACGAUAAAGGAAAUGUUGACCAGUCUGAAACACAACGUAGACGUCAACUGGAUCGAUUGGAUCGGGAAGAAGCAUUCUACCACUUUGUAAAUAAUCUGAGUGAAGAAGAUUAUAGGCUUAUGAGAGAUAACAAUUUACUAGGUACUCCAGGUGAAAUUACUGAAGAAGAAUUACUGAGAAGACUUCAUCAAAUCAAAGAAGGUCCCCCACAACAAAACAAUGAUGAGAAUAGAGAAUCAACAGAUGAUGUCUCUAACAGCGAUUCCAUCAUCGACUGGCUUAAUUCAGUCCGACAGACCGGAAAUACAACAAGAAGUGGACAGAGAGGAAAUCAAUCUUGGAGAGCAGUGAGCAGGACUAAUCCAAAUAGUGGUGAUUUCAGAUUCAGCUUGGAAAUAAACGUGAACCGUAACGGGACCCAGAAUUCAGAGAACGAAAAUGAGCCGUCCGCAGAAUCUUCCAAUAGAGAAGAUAUAGAAAAUAAUAGCCCAAGUGGCAUGGAAAGUUCAACAUCCGAGUCAUCGUUCAUCAGACAGCAUGGAUCUGAGAGGAAUGCCCUUGAAGAAUUAACUGAAGAAGUAACUCUUCCCAGAGGCCAGAGAAGAGCAAGAAGCAGGAGCCCAGAGCAACGGAGGAUCCGCGCGAGGACCGACAGAAGUAGGUCACCUUUGAUUUCAGUAACUGAGCUUCCCCGAAGAGGCCAUCACAACGUCACAUCUCAGACUUUUGACCAUGCUAUGACAAGUGACGCUGAAGGGAGUUCCAGAACCAGGCAGCAUGUGACAUUAAGACAACACAUGAUGGGAGCAGAACUGUCGAAUGAAAAUGCCAUUUCGUUUUCAGCUUCUGAGAUGAGAAACAUCCCUCAGGCAUCAGGUUCUUCAGAAACCAGUGGCAGCAAUGAAUCUCUGGCUCCUGGACAGAGACCGCCAACUAUAGUCCUCGAUCUUCAAGUGAGAAGAGUUCGUCCUGGAGAAUAUAGACAGAGAGAUAGCAUAGCUAGCAGAACUCGCUCGAGAUCUCAGUCAACAAACAACACGGUCACUUACGAAAGUGAACGUGGAGGGUUUAGGCGUACAUUUUCACGGUCAGAGAGAGCUGGAGUAAGAACUUAUGUCAGCACUAUCAGAAUUCCCAUUCGUAGAAUCCUUAACACAGGAUUGAGCGAGACAACUUCAGUUGCAAUUCAGACAAUGUUAAGACAGAUUAUGACUGGUUUUGGUGAAUUAAGCUACUUCAUGUACAGUGAUAGUGAUACAGACCCUAGUGGCCCAUCUUUAAGCCCAAGUCUCGAAGACUCAGAUCUUCAGAAUGCAGGAUUGGGUAGCAGUAGCAGCAGCGGAGGUGGUGUCAGCGCUAGCACUAGUGCCGGCGGAGGUCCCAGUAGCAGCAGCAGCAGCUCCAGCAUUGAAAGUUUAGAAACUAGCUCUGAGUUAUAUGACGGUAGCAACGAAGCAAGCUCAUCAGGCAUUAGACGGGAAGGUAGGAAUAGAGACAGGAAUUCGGUUACAUUUGAAGAAAGCGGUUCUUUACCCUUUCUUAGUCUAGCUCAGUUUUUCCUCUUGAAUGAGGAAGAUGACGACCAACCAAGAGGACUCACCAAAGAACAGAUCGACAACCUGGCAAUGAGAAAUUUUGGUGAGAGCGAUGCAUUCAAAACCUGUAGCGUCUGUAUCACUGAAUACACUGAAGGCAACAAGCUUCGAAAACUGCCUUGCUCUCACGAAUACCACGUUCACUGCAUCGACCGCUGGUUGUCGGAAAAUUCCACCUGUCCCAUUUGUCGGAGAGCGGUCUUAACCUCUGGAAACAGAGAAAGCAUGGUCUAACUGAGAUCUGGACUUUGAGCUAGCUGUUUGGCUGUUUAGAGCAAUGGGCAAAAACCGAACAUAAGAUGUCACUUGUUUUAUGGCCACUUUUUGAGUGGUGUUAAGUGUAAUAUCCUGGAGUGCAUCUUUGCUUCCAAUAAAAUGUUCACCCCUUUUCCCAACUCCUAUUUGAAAUAAAAGCCAGCUACUUUAAACAGCAACAUUUUAGGGCCCGGAAAUCUGACUCUGAAUACCGAUAAGUCUUGAUUUUGUUCAACAUAAUUUUAUCAUAGUUUUGGUUUCUCUUAAUUAUUUUUAACAAGAUGUCUUAGAGAUGGGUCCUCUCAGUUUUCAUUUUAAUCUUGAAAGAUCCAGCCCCAUCCCAUCCAGGAGAGAGCCAUGUGAAAUGGAAGCCCAGGUUGGAAUGAGAUUUCAUGUAAAUUUGUUUUUUUACAUUCAAGCUCUACCAUCUCCAGCCAUUAGUUUAAAUUCACCUAAAUCGAUCGUAUAAUUUGUUAUAAUUACAGAUUAGAUGGGCAUGUCAGUGUAAAUAACACUAAAGGUAGGGUCUUCUAAUUGUAUAGCUGUCUCCUAAGCCAAUCACUGGCACACACUGUAGAGUGAACUAUGAUAGUAUAAUUGGGAUAUUUAUCUUGUGGAAAUAAUAAAAAUGCCUAUGCUUGCUUAAAUAAAAAUCACUGGGGGGGUGGGGUUAAAAAUGUAAGGCUUUUUUUGUAGAGGCUCAAUACUUUUUCCAGUUCAGUGUUGUAUUCAAUGAAAAUUUAAAAAGCACUCUGCUUAGAUGUAAAAACGAUGACAUUUCAAAUGAGGGCCAGUAUCUGUAGAAACACACAAUGAUACAAAGCUGUAUUUGUUACAUAUAUGAUUGUCAAGAACAACUUAUCUAGAAUUACUCUUUAUAUGAACAGCUAUAGUAACUUGAAAUGAGCAGGGCAAAGUUCAGAACUUAGUCCUAUGAUUGUAUUCAAGACCAAUAAAGAGCAUUUUUGCAAUGAUGUUUGAAACUUCAGGAAUGCCAUCAGUAAGGAAGGAAGUGAUGGGUAGCUUUGGGUAGGAGGAAGGUAAGAGGAGAGAAAGCUCUGAAGAGCUUAACUUGCACUUGGUCAGGUGUAGUCAUUCCAAUGUGCCAGUUUUACACGAAGAGGUCAACACAGGCUUGAUGCCAUUUAUGUAGAUGAAGGGGCUGUGUUGAAUUUUCAGCAACUUUGCGUUUUUGGUUUUGUUUUGUGUUGUUUUUUAAACGGACAAACAAACAAACAAAAAACGACCACCAGACACACGGGACAGAACUGAAAUAGUCACUCUUUUCUCAAUGUUACAGGCUAAUCUGCCCCAAAAGUGAUAGUGGCGGUGCAAAACUUUAAAAUCAUUUUAGCAGAAUUCUAGUUGCUACAGAAACGGGCUCUGAGUGGAAGAGCCUUGAGGUUUUAUCACUUCAGAGUUUUGCUAUUUAAAAUUUACAACAUGCUCAGUCUAUCUUAGUUAUUGUCCCAUUAUAUAUACGCCAUCUUAUGUUUCUUCCUUUAAAGUCCAUUUAAAAAGUUAAGCACCGCUCCCCCUCCCCCAGUUUGUUGAAGUGUUAAUAAUAUCGGGCUUUAUUUGAGAUUCAGAACUCAAAUGCGCUGUUCAUUCCUGUAGUUGAAGAUUUCACUACUGAGAUUCCCCUUCCUCCACCCGUUGGUGGUCUAGCACUAGCACACAAGCACACCUGUAGCUUGUUUUCUCGGUAGUGAGGCAGGAUGUGUGAUGUUGCCCAACGACUUGUCUGGUGCCACUCGUGACCAAGAGAUGCGCCCGAGAUCUCUGCCUCGGGGGAGCUCAUAGAACGGGAUUUUUUUGUUUGUUUGUUUGUUUGUUUUUUACAAAGAGCGACUUUAAACAGCUCAAAUUGGGAUCGAGCUUCGAGUCCUUGGCCUAGUACUAACCAUAUGGGCCAAGGGGGCCAGGCACAUUCAAAUGUCCUUCGAAGUAAACAAUCGAGUCUGCUUUGGACAUUAUCUAGGUACCUUAACCAGCAUUAGCCUGGCAGUUUACUAAGAAUUUGUGCUGCUAUUGCAAUGAAGGUCCAAAAGAUCCAAAGUCUCAUUUCAACAAAAAAUGAGCAGAGGUCAUUUUUGUGCUGUAUCCAUGACCAAUCUUGUCCUAUGUUUAAAAGUGAAAUUGGAUGUUGAUGUUCCGGAAUUCCAUGACGUUCCGGAAUUCCAUGACGUUCCGGAAUUCCAUGACGUUCCGGAACACAGCCUUGCUGCCUCUUCUGAGGCUGCGCAAGCCACUCUAAGUCCACAGGACUGAUUUUCUGAUUGGCUAGAAGUGAUCUUCCCUCGGAGCGUUCCAUCGCCCGGGGAAGAAGUGGGACAUGGCCAACCUCAGCCGCCUUUGAACCAAACCAAAUGCAGCACGUUUUAGGCAUAGAAGCAGUUCUCGUUGAGGACAGAGCACCUCUAGCCGUUUAUCUUUACCUUCUGUGAUGUAUUCUUUUAGCAAGUAUUAAAGAAGCGGCUCAUAUAGAAAGUUAACACUAAUGAACGUGGGUGUGGGAGCUGUUCUCCAUAGGCACUGGAAACAGUUUGAAUUUUUAUUUUGCGGUAGAAUGCACAUGACGCUUCUAACAUAGAAGCACCUUUUUUUCAGAAGCACUCAUUACUCUUCUAUUGGAUUGUGAAUGGGGUUUGUGACUUAAUUAUAAAUACUUUAUUUUUUAACUUUACAAAUUUGUAACUUAUGUAUCUUACUGGGAAUAUGGAGAUUGACUUAAGCCCCAAACAUUAGCUGGGGUCAGAUCAGAUGUACAGUGGAGAGCAAAAAUUUAUAUAUAUUUUCCCAAUUUGCCUAUUGUUUUGAAGGGCCUGUUCUCUCUUUUUUUUUCAUUGUACAUCUCUAGUGUUAGUUCAUUGCAUAACAGCUCUCUCUCUCUCUCAAGUCUGUGUGCAAUGUAGCAACAAGAUAGAGGCAGCAUUAUAUAGUGGAUAGAGAGCUGGCUUUGGGGCCAGAAGCCCUGGGUUCUAAUCCUUUUUGACACACAUUGUGACCCUGGGCAGAUUCACUUAACUGAUCUCUCAGUGCUUAAAGCAACUCUCUAUGACUGUUACUGCAGAGGAAGAGGGGGAGUUCCAUGCUGGAAGUUCCCUACACCAGUGGAAUCGGGUCUUGGCUAACCAACGACCACCACAAAACACCCCUAGAAAUAUGAUUUAACUGUUAAGUUGGGGCGGGGGGGUAACUGAAAACCAGAAAGAAUUUUCUGGAGUGUUUUUAUUUUAACUAAUUACAAAUGUUUUGAAGGAUUUUUGUUUGGAGACUUAAGCAGUUGCUAAACUCAACUGAGAUUUGUUAGUGUUAGGUUCUACAAGUGCAAGCUUUCUCAGUAACACUUAAUAUUGAAGCACUUUGAAUAACUGCUCAGAAAAGUACACCUCCCUCACUCUUAAAUGAAGGUUCUGGAAGGUUUGCUUGGGGGGAGGGGUGGGGGGGGGAGAGACAGAUCGUUCCUGUCACACUAGUAACAAGAUAUUUAAGCUUUAGAAUUUCAUUUGACUCAGUAAUCUUUUAAGCUGUUUUCUCAGAUGUUGACCUUUAUCUGAAUCUUUAGAAACUGGUCGGGUAUUGGCCUUAAUUCAAGUAAUUUUUCUUUUAUUGUCCCUUCCUUGCCCCACCUCCCUCCGUCCCCUUCAAAAUAAAUAAAUAAAUAAUCCUUCAGGUGCUUAGUGUCAAGAUUUCUGAAAUUUUAUUUACUGAUUUGAAUUUGAUUUGUCUUUACCAAAUGGGGAUGGCUCGAAGAAGGCUAUCUUUAAGCUUAGUCAUAAUCCAAAUACCUGUCUCAUAGGGAGGGUAAAGAACAUCACAAAGCUGUUCUCUCUAUGGUCAGUAAUUUAUUUGAACUGGCUUAUAGUGACACCUUGUGGCCAAAAUUUUAUCAACAUUUGCGACAAGGGAGGACUUUGAAGUCUCAAAAAUAAGAUAGGUUUUUCUGCCUUAAAAAAACAAAAAAAAACCAAAAGAAAAAAAAAAAAGCUGUUAAAGGUUUUUUUUUUUCCUUAAAUGAUUCCCUGUUAAAAAUGUGCUAAUUUUUCAGUUCAAAAAAGCCAAAAUAUGCCUGGCAUGGACCUAACUGAUGACUAUAUCAUCUCCUUAAACAUACAAGGCACCUAUUUUUAAGGUAUAAUGUAUUUCAGUAUUUUCUUUUGAUAAAUAAUGACAGUGCUGUUAUCUACCCAUCCACGGGGUAGAUGAAACAUAUACUUGUAAUCGGGGUGGGGGAUGACCUUCGGGACGAUAAGGCAGCAAGUCGUGGGCGAUGGCAAAGAUCCGAGUAGCAGAAAGACGUGCGCGACUCUUUUUGACUCUUUGAAUCCUAAACUGAUGGUGAUUUGCUGCCUGCCCUUUCUUUAACUUUCCAGUUUUGAAAUCAAGGGCCUUUGGUUUCACCAAAAUUGCUAAACAAUUAUCCUUAGCGAGUUUGUACCACUUGAUUUCAGUGAGAGCAUCCACCAGUUUCUGGAGUUUGGAGACGGCCAUCUGGUGCGCUCCGCGCCAUCUCAUCAAGGCGACUCAGAAAGCAUUCUGUUCCUUUAACCUUUUUGAUUACGAUCUCUUGUCGUUUCUAUAGGCACCAAAUCAAGUGUCUCGAAUCUGUUCCCGAAUACAGUUGCAGUGAGGAUUUGUUUUUUGUUCUGAAAACAGCUUUCAGAAAGCACACCCGUAGGUUGCAUUAUAGCCACCUGGGUUGAGAGAGAAAUGUGUGUAUGUGACUAUGUAUGUAUGUGUAUAUAUAUAUACAUAUUUCUCUCUAUAUGUAUAUAUUUAUACACACGCACAUCUAUACACAAACACAUGUAUACAUACACGCAUAUAUACCUAUAUAUAUAUAUAAAUAUAUACAUAUAUAUUUGAUUGAGAUGCAGAGGUGGUUAACAAUCCUAUUACGCCACACUGUGCCUUGGUAUUUUCAAGGCUCGUCUACCAGUCCUUGUCUUGUAAACUUACUGCAGUACCUUGCAAGGUUCCCCAGCCUUCAUUCUAAAUAGUUAGCGCUCCUUUACUAAAGAUCCUUAUACUGCUGUGCUUUGGUGUGGGCACCUGCAGAGCCCUGAGACUUUCUCUCCUCUUAGCUCCUGUGUUCUGGUGCUGCUUUAGGGAGUAGGGUCGAGUCAUACUCUCGAGUAUCUAGUCCAGUAGGUGUGCAAUUGGCUUCUGUAUCUGCCUGUUUUAUCUUCUUCGGGGACGUGCUGCUAUGGGUAGAUGUUUACUUGGGUCUAUGUGACAAACCUGGGAACUUUCUGAAGCCCAUGAGAACCUGGGGAGGGGGGGAAACCGGGGAAGAACAACUAACCUGGCUUUGUGUCUCCGUCCACGAAGCCUAGAAAACGUCUGUCGUGUGAAAACUAACCAGUGCUUGUCAUCCCGCGGCUUCCCGACCUGCAGGAGAGGCUCUCCCUUCUUUCAUUCCAGAAACAGAAUGGAGCUCAGAAUGAAUCUAUUUGGCUGCCUUGCUUUCCCUGAUUUCUCGGUUUUUUUCCUUCAGUUUGAUCUGAACUCAAAACUCUCCUCCAGCAGAUCUUUUGGUUGGGAAGUCCUGUGUUUAAAUGAGAUUGUAUUGCAUUUCCUUUUUUUUUUGUACAAUGUUUUAAAUCUGUUAAAAAUGAACUUGUUUAUUUCAAAGCAAAACCCUGAAGGGCCAUAUUAAAACAGUUUAUUCUUGAUAGUUAUCUUUUGGGAGGAGUUUAUUUCCUAUGUAAAUGUCAUACUGCAAAUUUAAAUUAUAGUCUAUCAAUAAAAUGCAUGAAGUGAU